AUGCAGUUCUGUGUGAUCGACUCUGGGGGACUCUGCGGGGAUCUAACAAUCUGGGCACAACAUAUAUUUUUGGUGCCCAACAUAUUCAUGGUGGUAGAAAAUGUAUUUCUUACAGAAAAUGGAAUUAAGAGUGGUCAGACCUCAGAGUACAUCAGAGUUCAUACUGGUGGAAAACUCUAUAAAUGCGACAAGUGUGGGAAGGCCUUUAGCCAUUCCUUACACCUUGCUCAACAUGGAAGAGUUCACACUGUGAGAAAUCCUUUGUGGGUCAUGAAUGUGGAAAGGCUUUUAGUGAAGGUGGAAGACUUAGAGUACACCAGAGAAUUCAUACUGUUCACCUCCUUUUCAGUCAGGUUACAGUGUGCUAUGGAUGAUACCCUUCUACCCACACUGACUGGACUGUUCAAACAUAAGCAAGGCGGGAACAGUAUUGAUUGGAUUAUUCGACCACCCAACAAGCUGGAGGACUGCCAGAAAAUGAGGAUAAAAAGGGGAGCCCUUGCACCGCUCUCCAUCCUUUCGAGGAUCAUGGCCUGGUGCGGGUGCUCGGCCCUAGUUGACGUCCUGCGGGACGGGACAGGAAAAGUCCUGGAGUGUGCCUUGUUCAUCUACCAGUUUCGGUCACUCAGUCAGUACCGCUGUAAGACCGCCAAGAAGUCGGAGGAGAUCGACUUCCUUCGUUCCAGUCCCAAAAUCUGGAAUGUGCACAGUGUCCUCAACGUGCUUCACUCCUUGGUGGAUAAAUCCAACAUCAACCGGCAACUGGAGGUGUACACCAGCGGAGGUGACCCCGAGAGUGUGGCUGGGGAGUAUGGACGUCACUCCCUCUGUAAGAUGCUUGGCUACUUCAGCCUGGUGGGGCUCCUGCAUCUGCACUCCCUGUUGGGGGAUUACUACCAGGCCAUCGAACUAAACAAGAAGAGCAUGUACUCCCGCGUGCCGGAGUGCCAGGUCACCACCUACUAUUACGUUGGUUUUGCGUACUUGAUGACGCGUCGUUACCAGGAUGCCAUCCGGGUCUUUGCCAACAUCCUCCUCUACAUCCAGAGGACCAAGAGCAUGUUCCAGAGGACCACGUACAAGUAUGAGAUGAUUAACAAGCAGAACGAGCAGAUGCAUGCCCUGCUGGCCAUCGCCCUCACCGUGUACCCCAUGCGGAUCGACGAGAGCAUCCACCUGCAGCUGCGGGAGAAGUACGGCGACCAGAUGCUGCGCAUGCAGAAGGGCGACCCCCAGGUCUACGAGGAGCUCUUCAGCUACUCGUGCCCCAAGUUCCUGUCGCCCGUGGUGCCCAACUACGACAACGUGCACCCCAACUACCACAAGGAGCCCUUCCUGCAGCAGCUCAAGGUGUUUUCGGAGGAAGUGCAGCAGCAGGCUCAGCUCUCGACCAUCCGCAGCUUCCUGAAGCUCUACACCACCAUGCCCGUGGCCAAGCUGGCCGGCUUCCUGGACCGCACCGAGCAGGAGUUCCGCAUCCAGCCUGUCUUCAAACACAAGAUGAGAAACCUCGUGUGGACCAGCGGCAUCUCCGCCCUGGACGGAGAGUUCCAGUCUGCUUCCGAGGUUGACUUCUACAUAGAUAAGGACAUGAUCCACAUCGCAGACACCAAGGUCGCCAGGCGCUAUGGAGAUUUCUUUAUCCGUCAGAUCCACAAAUUCGAAGAGCUUAAUCGAACCCUGAAGAAGAUGGGGCAGAGACCCUGA